GACCGGCGGGCUGAGGCAGCGGUGCGGCCCCCGGGAGCCUGCGGGCGGCCAGAGGCGGCGGUGCAGGCCUGAGCGGCGGGGCGCGGCGUCCGGCCCGCGGGGAUGCGGGACCGGCUGCCGGACCUGACGGCGUGUAGGAAAAAUGAUGACGGGGACACAACUGUUGUUGUUGAAAAGGACCAUUUUAUGGACGAUUUCUUCCAUCAGGUUGAGGAGAUCAGAAGCAGCAUAGCUAAAAUAGCUCAGCAUGUUGAAGAUGUAAAGAAAAACCACAGCAUCAUCCUCUCUGCACCAAACCCAGAAGGAAAAAUAAAAGAAGAGCUUGAAGAUCUGAACAAAGAAAUCAAGAAAACUGCUAAUAAAAUUCGGACCAAGUUAAAGUCUAUUGAGCAGAGUUUUGAUCAAGAUGAGAGUGAGAACCGGACUUCGGUGGAUCUUCGGAUACGAAGAACCCAGCAUUCAGUGCUGUCUCGAAAGUUUGUGGAAGUUAUGACAGAAUAUAAUGAAGCUCAGACUCUAUUUCGGGAGCGAAGCAAAGGACGGAUACAGAGGCAGCUGGAAAUAACUGGAAAAACCACCACCGAUGAUGAACUCGAAGAGAUGCUGGAAAGUGGCAACCCCUCCAUUUUCACGUCAGACAUCAUAUCAGAUUCACAAAUCACUAGACAAGCUCUCAGUGAAAUUGAGUCGCGUCACAAAGACAUCAUGAGGCUGGAGACCAGCAUCCGGGAGCUGCAUGAGGUGUUCGUGGACAUGGCCGUGCUUGUGGAGACGCAGGGUGAAAUGAUCAACAACAUAGAAAAAAACGUUAUGAACGCCAUGGACUAUGUAGAACAUGCUAAAGAAGAAACGAAGAAAGCUAUUAAAUAUCACAGCAAAGCGCGAAGGAAAAUGGUGUUCAUUAUUAUUUGUGUAGUUAUUUUGCUUGUGAUCCUUGGAAUUGUCCUAGCAACGACACUGUCAUAGCAACCAUGUUCCAAGAGCCGUUUCCCCUGGAGUCGGACCACACCUGCAGCACAGCAGCGCCUUCCCGUUUCGUGAGUGAAUCGUAGGCGCUGCCCUGGAGUGCUCGGUGCUGAGCUUUCAUUACUGAGUUCGAGGAAAAGCACAACGGAAUGUAUUGUCUGGUGAAACACACCGUGAGCAUAAUGGGUAUGAUGAGUUAACCCAAACAUCCCUGGACUCGAAAUAACACGCCACAGAGAUUUAACAAUGUGAACCUUGUUUCAGUGGCCUUAAAAUAAGGAAUUAUUGAAAAUUUCAAUUUUUUUAAUACUUCAGUGUUAAAAAUAUAUGUGAAGUUCAAUUAGGAGUAUUUUAUGUUAUGAAGCUGUUAGAUUUCAGGUCUAAGACCUUCUUCCCUCUCCUGGCUAACAUGCUGAUUAAAAGACAUUUUUGUACUAUGUUUAAUUCGUGUUUGUUUAUGUUUGCAAAAAUUAUUUUUAUUAUCACAGAACUGUUUUGUAAGAUAUCUAUAAUUUUAAAUGUUUAUAAAUUGUUUAAUAUAUUAACAUCUUAAUUUACUCCAAUUUUGUAUAUUAACUACUGCCUUUUAAAAGAAAUAGAAAGCUUCAGGAUACUAGAGCCAUCUUUGCACAGUUGUUUACAAAGUUUGCCAGCGGCAUAGAACCCAUGGGUUGCAAAGUACCCACAAAAGCCUUUUGAGUGCCUUCUGUUAAAAUCUACAUAUGAGGUUUAAAUGCACCUACAGCCUCCAGGAAAACCUCAGUUAUUGUCCUCAGCUCCAGUCCUGCCCGUCCCAUUACCCAAGGUAAUAAAUUAGUACUGCACUGUGAAGACACGGUCUCUUCUUUUAUUCCAUAAAAUGCAAGGUUUGUGUUUCCCUGUUCAUGCUAAUGAAGUCUGAAUUUAAGACAGUGAUAAAACCAAAUUUUAAACUGAAGGAAAUUAUUCCCAGGCAAUUAAGUAAUUCUUUUGAAUUUAAACUGUUGUACAGAUCACGUAAAUGUUCUUGUUAAGUGCCUGCUAUUCUGCUGAAUCCCAAAGUUUACAGGAAUCUGUGAUAAUUAAACAUUUGUAUUGUUCUUUGUUUUAGUGUAAUAAUAAGCUUUAUUUUCAGACUUGUAAACUGUAUGGACUCCUACUAGUGAAUGGACAUCUGUAAGACAGCAUCUGGUCGAAAUUUUCAAUGAAUACGUGAAGGAUACUCAAAUAUAGUUAACUCGUUACUUCUGCAAGUGACAGUGUAGGCACGUGACUGUCUUCUAAUGUUCGGUCUGAAAACUAGUAUAGAUGUGCUUGAUUCCAAACAAUAAGUGUGACUGGAGCAGUCUGGAACCUUGUCUUCCUUACUUAAUGCAAGUGUGAACGUCACACAUACGUCUGCCUGCCUCGCUGUGAUCGCAGCCUGUGCCCGUGCAUUAGCUUCCCUAGCUGCUCAUCACGGUGCGCUCAGAGUUACGGCGCUGGGAGUCUUCUGGCUCUGCCAGACACAGGCCCUGGAUCUCUGAGUGGCCCGUCGGGGGGCAUGCCCAGUGAUCCGUGCUUACAUGGAAGGUACAGCUUGUCUUGAAGGGUAUUUAAGUGUUUGGAGAUCAUGCUGAUGUAAUGUGACUUCUGUGCACCUACUUGUCUUCGUGAUUAUGUCCACAUGUAGAGGAGCUUUGUGCUGGUGGGGACCCGUCUCCGUGGGCUCUACUUUCCCCUCAACGUAAGUCUUUUUAGUCCUCACCUUUCAUCAUAAUUCUUAACUGUAUUUUUUCAAGACGUUCUUCCUGGAUUUGUAGUACUUACUGAACUUGUGUUUUACAGUUGAAGUUACAGAAAUGCGUUUUGGUUCCUAUGUAGACGUUUAAGUCAUUCAUCAGGUAACACGUUUUGUAUGACUAAGCCCCAAGUGCCUAUUUGAAAUCAGAGUUUUAAAAAUGUCUAUACAGGUUUAUUUGUUACUUCUUAUCAUUUCUUCAGAUAUUUCAUGUUUACAUUAAAAAGCUCUCAGAACCAAAAAAAAAAAAAUCUACUUUCUGCCUUGUUAUUUCUGGAAAGAUUUUUUGGGAGAUAUUUUGUUGCAUAUCCAUUAAUAAAUUGUUCUGCUAAGAAAA